UAAUAUGUUUCACAACCUCGACUCUCUCAAAACUAUCAUUUGACAACGCUGUGAAAAACUCAGACGCUAUGGCUGGUGCCCAAUUCCUCACUUUCUUCCAUGCCUCUUCAAGAUCUUCCUUGGUCAAGCCCUCUAGGCCAAUCCUCUACAACCCCAUUAAGAAUUAUGGGAAAGCAAGCAAGGGAAAGCAUAGCCGCUUGAUGGAAGAGAGGGCACCUUCCACUGCUGAAGAGUUUGAGAGAGUUGCAGAAGAGAAGGCCAAGGAAGCAGGGGUGGCAAGUCAAACUCUUGGCAAGACAAUUGAUGCUGCUGAAGAGGCUACAAUUGGCAACUCAAAGGCUGAAUCAGUUAAGAAUAGGUUCAAAGAGCAUGAAUCUGAUUACCACAAGAAGGGUAAUUAGGAACCUUUUGUGCUGACUUGAAACUCUUGAGAUAGCUGUAUAUGCAGCCAGAAUAAAGGGUUGUCAUAUUUCUGAAAAGCUUGUUAAUUGCUAGUGCUUUUACAGCAGAAAGAGACUAAUCAAUUGAAAGUUUGUCUUUAUUUAAGUAAAUUCAUGUCGGCUAAUCGGAUUUUCAAAAGUAUAUAUAUUAUGAAUAUGAUACUAUUGAUUCAUGAAUGUGCGCCUAGUUUGAAAUUCUGGGUUUGAGGGAGUUAAGCUCCAUUUUUUUUGUUGAUUGACAGAGACUUCAUGAAUCAUUAGGCUUUUUUAAUUAUAGGUUGAGUGCAAUCAUUAUUAUUAUAUUUUUAAAAACAUAAAGGACAUUCUGGCCAAAGGUUUGUGGCUUUAUUCUUUAUAUUAUCAUUAUUUUAGGCGGAUUAUGUGUGUUGUUU